CUUCCGACUUCUUCCCUGACAGGGCGGGUGGUUGUCUUGGUGACUGCUCCCUAACGGUCUGGUGACCCCGAGAUACUUGUAGAGGGUUUGCAGCACUGAAGACGCCUGUGGUUCCUCCAAGUGUCCGAGAUCCUUCCAGAUUUAACUGCUUCUGUAGAAUCUUACACGGACAAAAUCAGAGUCAUUCUCUCCUGGAGUUUGGAAUUCUUGAAGAUUGAUCCAGAAUAAUAAAAUGUCUCGAAAAAUGCCCAAGGAGUCAAAAAAAGUAAAUAUUUCUAGUUCUCUGGAGUCUGAAGAUAUUAGUUUGGAAACAACCAUUCAUACAGAUGACAUUUCCUCAUCAGAAGAGCGAGAGGGUAAAGUCAAAAUCACCAGGCAGUUAAUUGAAAGAAAAGAAAUGCUUCAUAAUAUUCAGCUACUGAAAAUCGAGCUAUCCCAAAAAAAUAUGAUGAUCGACAAUUUGAAAAUGGAUUAUCUUACAAAGAUUGAAGAGUUGGAGGAAAAACUUAAUGAUGCCCUUCACCAGAAGCAGCUGCUAACUUUGAGAUUAGACAAUCAGUUGACUAUUCAACAAAAGGAUGCCAAGAAAUAUCAAGAACUAAUGAAACAAGAAAUGGAAACCAUUUUAUUGAGACAAAAACAACUGGAAGAGACAAAUCAUCAGCUAAGAGAGAAAGCUGGAGAUGUCCGUCGAAACCUGCGUGACUUGGAGCUGACAGAAGAGCAGUAUGUGAAGCUAAAAUCCUUUCCUGAAGACCAGCUUUCUAUCCCUGAAUAUGUGUCUAUUCGGUUCUAUGAGCUAGUCAAUCCAUUAAGAAAAGAAAUCUAUGAACUACAAGUGAAAAAGAAUGAACUGUCUGAAGAACUCAGCACAAACAAAGGCCAACUGAAGCAGCUGACAGAGACAUAUGAGGAAGAUCGAAGAAACAACUCGGAACUUCAAAUCCGAUGUCAGCGUCUGGCCUUGGAAUUGGCAGACACCAAACAGUUAGUUCAGCAAGGCGACUACCGUCAAGAGAACUAUGACAAAGUCAAGAGUGAACGCGAUGCUCUUGAACAGGAAGUACUCGAAGUUCGGAGAAAACAUGAAAUACUUGAAGCCUCUCACAUAGCUCAGGCUAAAGAAAGAAGUGAAUUAUCAAAAGAGGUAACCACCUUGCAACAGACAGUCACCCUCCUGCAAAAGGAUAAAGAGUACCUCAAUCGCCAAAACAUGGAGCUCAGCGUACGCUGUGCGCACGAGGAGGAUCGCCUGGAGAGGCUGCAGGUGCAGCUGGAGGAGAGCAAGAAGGCUAGAGAAGAUAUGUAUGAGAAAUACGUGUCAUCCAGAGACCAUUAUAAAACAGAAUAUGAAAAUAAACUACACGAUGAACUGGAACAAAUCAGAUUGAAAACUAAUCUGGAAAUUGAGCAGCUCCGAAAUGCCUCUAGGGAAAUGUAUGAACGAGAAAACAGAAAUCUUCGAGAAGCCAGGGAUAAUGCUCUCGCUGAAAAGAACCGAGCAGUGACAGCUGAAAAAGAUGCUCUAGAAAAGCAUGAGCAGCUCCUUGACAGGUACAGAGAGCUGCAGCUUAGCGCAGAAAGCAAAGUAUCUGAGUUUCUCCAUCAGAGUAAGUUGAAGGCCUUCGAAAGUGAACGCGUUCAACUCCUGCAAGAGGAAACUGCAAAAAACCUCACACAGUGCCAGAUGGAAUGUGAAAAGUAUCAGAAGAAAUUGGAGGUUUUAACUAAAGAAUUUUAUAGUCUCCAAAGCUCUUCUGAAAAACGCAUUACUGAACUCGAAGCACAGAACUCUGAUCAUCAGGCAAGGUUAGACAUUUACGAGAAAUUGGAAAAAGAGCUUGACGAAAUAAUAAUGCAGACAGCAGAAAUUGAAAAUGAAGAUGAAGCUGAGAGGAUUCUUUAUUCCUAUGGCUACGGUGCUAAUGUUCCCACAACAGCUAAAAGACGACUAAAGCAAAGCGUCCACUUGGCAAGAAGAGUUCUUCAGUUAGAAAAACAAAAUUCAUUAAUUUUAAAAGAUCUGGACCAUCAAAAGGACCAAGUAAGACAGCUUUCCCAAGAGCGUGACAGAGCCAAUUCACUGCUAAAUCAGACUCAGCAACCCUACAGAUACCUCAUAGAGUCUGUGCAGCAAAGGGAUUCCAAGAUUGAUUCACUGAUGAAGUGUACAGCUCAACUUGAGAAAGACAUCAGCAAUCUAAAUAAAGAGAAGUCAGCCCUGCUGCAGACGAAGAAUCAAAUGGCACUGGAUCUGGAACAGCUUCUAAACCACCGAGAGGAAUUUGCGGCCAUGAAACAGAUCAUCAUUAAUAUGUGUAGUAAACAUUCUGAGAACAACUUACUUCUUACUAACGUGGAAUCAAAAGGUAUGACAGAAAAUCAAGCAUCUAAGAUUCUGAACAUGUCAAGAGAACAUGAAGACAAUGUGUUUAUACCCAAGCCAACGCUAUUUACUAAAACAGAGGCACAAGAAUGGUCCAAGAAUCAAAAGAUGAAGGCCUAGUGUUUGGUGCCGGAAAAAGCCAGAACACAACCCUAACCUAGCCAGGCCCCUCCCUCCGCACCGUGCCCCCAGCCAGGCCCCUCCCUCCACACCAUGCCCCCAGCCAGGCCCCUGCUUUGGAGUGGAGUAUUUACUCCAGAAGCACUCUGUUGAGGGAGAAAGGUUCUUUUUAAUCAUGUACUUGACAUUUUCAAAUAUAAGUAACUUAAUGUUUAUUUUAACUAAUGUUAAAUUAAGAAAUUUCAGUAUAAUCAAUAUAUAAAGUACAAAUAGUUGUAUGCUUUAUAUUUUGGUUUUAUGUAUUUUGUUAUAAAAAUAAAUGCCUUCUA